GCGGUACCUACGCAAUAGGCAUGUGAUUAAUUUUCUAAACAUUAAUAAAUAACGAAAAAAGUUAACUAAAUUUACAGAAUCAUAUAAAAAACAUAUUUACAAUAUUCUAUUACUUGAAAGAAGUUUCUAUUCAACUGGCUUUUUAGUGACUACUUUUUAAAAGAACGUUUGUUUUGUGAGGUUACCUUUGAAAAAAAAAUAAGCAAUUAUUUUUAAUAUCCAUGAAAAUGAGGGGUCACCAAGAAGACACACCACCCUCAUCUGUAAAUGGUGAUGACAUUAUGGGAAUGGAUAAUGAAAAUGAAGAUGAACUCAUUUAUUUGGGAGAGCUGGACGAGAUUCAGUUUGAUGACGAAGAAAUGGUUGACGAUCAAGAAGAGGAAUACAAUGAUGUUGGUAUGGAAAGGCCUGAAGACCACGCGGCAAUGGUUUUCGAUAAACAUACAGGCUCAGUUUUUUGUUGUGAUCUUCAUCCAAGUGGAAAAUUUGCUGUCACUGGAGGAGAGGAUGAUAAAGCCUAUGUAUGGUCUGUAGAAACUGGUCAAAUAAUCAUGGAUUGUACGGGUCAUAAAGAUUCAGUAAUUUUCGUAGGCUUUAGUUUUGAUGGAGCUUACUUAGCCACAGUUGAUAUGUGUGGCUUAAUUAAAGUUUGGAAGUGUAAUUUAGAAGAAAAUCAGCAGGAACCGUGGCCUGUGGCAUUUGAAUAUGAAGCUGAUGAUCUAAGUUGGGGCCUUUGGCAUUUUGGUGCACGGGUCCUCAUAUGUGGAGCAGUAGCUGGUGACAUAUAUGUCUUUAAAAUACCAUCAGGAGAUACUAAAGUUCUUCAAGGACAUAAUAUUAGAACUGAAUGUGGAAAGAUCUACCCUGAUGGUGUGAGGCUUGCUGCUGGCUAUGAAGACGGAGUUGUUAAGAUCUGGGAUCUUAAGACAAAUGCUGUUCUUCACCAACUGCCUGCUGGUAUGCAUGAGAGCCGCGUCACAGCACUCGAUCUUCAUCCUGAGAAUAAUCUUUUGGCGUCCAUUUCCACAGAUGGGAAGGUGUGUCUAACUACAUCCAAUAAUGGGAAAGUGGUUGCACAACUUCAAGCCGAUAAUGAUUUAGAAACCGUUGCUUUUUGUCAAGAUGCACAGCUCGGAUAUUUUGCUCUUGGCACAUUAAACGGUUCUGUGACAAUAUGGGAUACAGCAAGACAAAUGGUUCGUCAUUCCUGUGCCAAAUCUGAGGAAGAUGUAUCGGCUGGCGUUACGAAAAUGAUAUGGGUUGAAGAAAAUCUUCUUACUGGUUGCCUCGAUGGUUCCGUAAGAUUUUACGAAGGAAGAUCUGGUGAAAGAAGUGCUAUGUUAACCGGCCAUUGGUCAGAAGUACUAGAUUUGGUACACAAUGCCAAGGAAAAUAUUAUAUUAACCACAUCCGACGAUGGCACCGCAAGGAUAUUUAAAUAUCCAGUCAAGAGCGACAACGACUAGUUUACAAUGGUUAUAAUUAUGUUACUCUAUUUUAUAUUUAUACUCAAUAAAUAUUUAUAUACAAAA